CCCUCCCUCAUUCCGCCAUCUUACGACGAGCGUGCGAUACCUUUUCUCUCCCGUAACCUCCGUGAAAGGAAAUUAAGAUAACACGUAAAAAAAAAGAAACACGCACAUAAUACAAUCAUGAGCGAGUACGUUAAGAUAGCCGAGGACGAGAACGAGCUGCCCGUGGAGGUGCCUUGUGAGGAUGACGGCACCCUUCUUGUGUCGAACGUGGCCGCGCAGUUUCCAGGCGCCGUGGGGCUGCGUUACCGUCCGCCCGAUGCGCAGUCUUUCCGCGGCGUGCGCCUCGUGGACGGCGUACUCCACCCGCCCGAGAACGGCUGGGCAAGCUACACGUUCUACGUGAAUUUCCCGAAAGACCCGUGUGUGCUCGGGCUAGAGAACAAACGGAAGAUGGAGGAGGUGGACAUGGCCUCCGCAUCAAAGAUGCUUCGGUCGGAACCCCGCGUCUCCGAUCUUGUUGUGCUGGGGCUGCCGUGGACAACCACGGAGGAUGAACUCAAAGAUUACUUCUCUGCUUUUGGCAGUGUUGUUCUUUCUCAGAUAAAGACGGAUCCAGCAACGGGAAAAUCGAAAGGCUAUGGCUUCGUUCGAUUUGCCGACCACGAAUCGCAACUGAAGGCCAUGGGCAUGCGACACAUGAUUGGUGGCCGCUGGUGUGAUGCCAAGCUACCCCAGUCCAAGGCCCAGAUGUAUCCAACCGACCCCGACCGUAAUCGCAUCUUCGUGGGCCGAUGCCCGGAGGACAUAACACCCGAGGACCUGCGCUCGUUCUUUGGCCAGUUUGGAGACGUCACCGAUGUCUACAUCCCCAAGCCUUUCCGCUCGUUCGGCUUCGUCACCUUCGCCAACGAGCAUGUGGCACAGUCUCUGUGUGGACAGGACGUGAUCGUCAAGGGCGCCAGCGUCCACAUUGCGAGUGCCGAGCCCAAGAACCAGCUGAAGCGCUCGAGCCGUCUCAACGCGGCGGCGCAAGCGGCAGCGGCCGUGACUGCACAAGCCAACAUGAAUGCGCUAAGCGCGCUGUCGACGCUGGGCGCCACUGGCGCGGGUGGCGGCCUCAAUCUGACGCCAGCCAUGGUAGCGGCCAUGACCCAGGCGCUGCAGACAAGCGGCUGGGGUGGCAGUGGCAGUGGGCGUAGUGGAGGGGGUUCUGGAGGAAAUGCUUAUGGUGGCAACACGUAUGGGUUGGGCAAGAACAGCUGGCUGUAGGCAGCCACUGAGCUUGCACCUGAUAAGUUGGCUGGGCUAAGAGUGGGCUCAACCAUUGUGAGACUUGCCUGUAAGCAGGUGUGUGGUGUGGAAAUAGUGAAUUUUGUGUUGGCAUUUCCCCCUUUACAUUGUCUUUUUUAUUUGGUGCUCAAACCUUUACCUUCCCAUUUGUUUUUCUAUUGUCACUAAAUUUUGGUAGGUUCUGUUAUUUUCUGGGUAGAUUGUCACCACCAUUUGUCCCAAUAUGUUAAUAUGAAAUUUGUUUUGGUUGAUAGGAACGGCUGAAUGUAGAAAGAUUUUUUUUAUAAUAAAUUGUAAUUUGGCGUUCUGAUUCUUUUUGAAACGUAUAAACAGUUUCCGCAUGGUCGCGUACGUUUUUUGUUGGCAGACAGUGCAGACAAUAUUUAAUGAGAAUUUUCACAAGCGGCGACUUCCGCCAGGAGUGUAGUUUCCCUCCAGGUGACGUUAUUUUUGAGUGUUAAAUGUUAAACUACGUUGCGAAUGUGACAUUUUUCCUGUCUGUAAAUAAAACUGUUCCCGUCUGUGAUUGUAUAUCAAUGAUCUGCUUGAGUGCUGUUUCUCAAAAAGGUAUAGGACGUGUGACCUGUGAUCCCCUCCUUCCCCCCCUUCCCCACUGGGAGUUUCGGAAAUCGCAGACCGCUGUGCCCUGCCUUUGAUGGCCGAAGUCUCCGAAGAACCAAACUGUGCGUGCGCCACCCACGAGACCCUUCGCCACUCACGCCCGCCGCCACCCUUGAAAACAACAAAAAUGGUAAUGCUGAUCUUCUGUCACGUCCGAGUGAGGAGAGAGUCCGAGUCCUCAACUUUGGAGAGCGCGCGGCUGCGUGUGAGCGCGCACGGGGCGUGAGCGGCGUGCGUCGUCGUCCGGUGUGUUGGAAGAUGGGCCCUGGUUUUUCUGGAGAAGUGCGAAGAGAAGAGUGGUGUGGGAAGGGCGAGCGAGCGUGAGAUGGAAAGCCUGUCCGCUCUGUCCGAUCUGGCUCGUGGGUGGUGGCAUACCUGCUUUGCGCGGUGUGUGCGCGCGAGUGCGCGUCAUGGUGUGAAGAACCGAAACUCUCCCCUCGACAUUCUCUGGCGUCUGGUCUGGAGUGUGGGCGUGCGGUCUGCGAGGAGGGAGAGCGCAAAAUGCAAGACUUCGUCUGAGUGGUGUGCACCCCAUUCUGGCUUGCAACGUUGAGCAUGAAGACAUCCUGAAAGGACAUGCGUCUUGUAUCUUGCGUUUUGAUGUUUUUUACUUCGGAGUGUGCAGGAAUGGUAAUGGGGCAAAGCAUGCGAUUAACUUUUGUGUUGCAGUGGCUGAAUACCUUGUUGGGAGCAGGUAAAAUGUGUCAAGUGUUAUCCUUGUGUAAACCACCACAAUGUAAGUAUAAUGCGCACUUCAGAUAGUGGUUUGCAUAUCACUGGAAUAACAUUCGCUUUAGGUUUAAUUAAUGCGAAUGUUUAAAAGUUGGAAAUUGUUUCUUGAAACUGCAAUUUGUGAUUAAAUGCAUCGUUGCCUAUCAUUGAUUUCAUCCCAUGUGUGAAUUGCCAUAUGAGGCUGCUUUUGGUUGGAUGGAUAACAUCUACCUAUAACGAAAACAAUUGGGCGAGUGGUCUCCCUUGAAAUUGAGCAAGAUCAACCGUUUAAGCAUAUCUGGGAAGGAGGGGGAUGGGUGUUAGGUUGGAUUGGCACUGUAGGUAGGACUUGCUUUUCACAAGUGUACAUCUGCAAAUAUUUUCGCCCAUGUGUGUUAUGCUUGUUUAGAAAAUUGAAAUAAAACUCUACACCGUGACUGCAUUUUGUACAUCUGCAAAUAUUUUCGCCCGUGUGUGUUAUGCUUGUUUUGAAAAUUUAAAUAAAACUAUACACACGUA